AUGAGUGUGGUUGGGUUUGAUAUUGGGAAUGAGAACUGUGCUAUAGCAGUUGCAAAGCGUAGUGGGAUUGAUAUGCUGUUGAAUGAUGAAUCGAAACGUGAGACGCCUGCUGUGGUCUCAUUUGGUGAGAAGCAACGGUUUUUGGGUUCUUCAGGGGCUGCGUUUGCUACUAAGUAUCCAAAGUCAACCAUUUCUCAGAUUAAGAGAUUGAUCGGAAGAAAAUAUAAGGAACCAAGCAUGCAAGAAGAGCUCAAGUUGCUACCUUUCGAGACCACUGAGGGCCCACAUGGUGGUGUUUUGAUCCAUUUACAAUACUUGGAUAAGACAUGGACUUUUACGCCAGUGGAUAUUUUGGGGAUGUUGUUUGCACAUUUGAAGCAAAUGACAGAGAAGAAUCUUGAGUCUCCUGUUAUAGACUGUGUGAUUGGGAUUCCAUCAUAUUUCACAGACUUGCAAAGGCGUGAGUAUCUUCAUGCCGCUUCUAUUGCUGGUUUAAGACCUUUGCAGUUGGUCCAUGAUUGUACUGCUGUUGCAUUGGGUUAUGGUAUGUUCAAGACUGAUUUCCUUAAGAAAGGACCAACUAUUGUUCUAUUUUUGGAUAUUGGCCAAUGUGACACUCAGGUCACGGUUGCUGCUUUCGAAAAAGGGAAAAUGGAAAUAUUGGCUCAUUCAUUUGAUCCCAACUUGGGAGGUAGAGAUUUUGAUGAAGUCUUGUUCUCACAUUUUGCAACACAAUUCAAACAGCAAUACGGUAUUGAUGUUUACACCAAUGUUCGUGCUUCUAUGAGGCUUAGGACUGCAUGUGAGAAGUUAAAGAAAGUUUUGAGUGCCAAUGCAGAAGCUCCACUUAGUAUCGAGUGUUUGGUUGAUGAUAAAGAUUUGGUUGGAUUCAUCACGAGAGAGGAGUUUGAGAAAUUGUCAGCGAAAUUGCUACAAAGGGUUUCUGAUGUUUGUCAAAAGGCCAUAAAGGACUCUGGUCUAAGUGCAGAUAAGAUACAUAGUAUUGAGGUUGUUGGUUCUGGAUCCCGCAUACCUGCUAUUAUGAGAAAGUUAACUUCAGUUUUUGAUAAAGAACCAAUGAGAACACUAAAUGGAAGUGAAUGUGUUGCUAGAGGAUGUGCUCUUUCAUGUGCGAUGCUUAGCCCCACUUGCCGAGUCAAAGAUUAUAAGGUUAAAGAUAUUUUUCCUUACUCGGUAGGACUCAGGUUUGAUGAUGGUGAAAACAAAAGACACCCAGAACUUAAACCUUUUCCAAAAGGCAGCCCAUUUCCAACCAAUAAAACAGUUCCAUACCAUGGAAAUAUUACAUUUUGCUGUGAAGUUUUCUACACCAACAAGAUGGAUUUCCCUUCUGGAAUAUCACCUUUAGUUGGUCGUUUCAGGAUCAGUCCACAUCUAACAUCCGGUGAAAAAAGUGUGAAGGCCACGGUUAAUGUGCAGCUUAAUGCCCACGGAAUUUUUGAAAUAAAAUCCGUAUCAUUUUUAGAAGUCUUACACCCUUUAUUUGAUUACUCUAAACUGUACUCGCUGAUGAUGAUGUAUGCCAACAAUCUUAUGAAGAAUGGUGCUGCUGGUUAUAACACCACUGGUUCUACAUUGCGGAAUGCACAUUCUGCUGUGGAACCAAGGAGCAGGGCUAGGGAGCAGAAGCUUUUAGUUUCUGAGAAUUAUCAUGUCAUGACAACGAUAGAUGAGAUACACAAAGCUCAAAAGAGAGCAGAAAUGUUUGCAGAUCAAGACAUAAAAGUGGAGAAAACGAAAGAAAAAAGAAAUACCCUCGAGUCUUUUAUCUAUGACACUCGUAGCAAGCUUUUUAGUUCCUUCCGGAGCUUGGCAACAGAUUCAGAGGUGGAGAUCAUUUCUAAAAGGCUGCAAAAAACCUUAGAGUGGCUAUAUGAAGAGGGUGAUGAUGAAUCUGAACAAGUCUAUAUCAGAAAACUUGAGCAUCUUGAAAAGUAUUUAGAUCCAAUUGAAAAUAGAUAUACCGAUGAGAAGGUUAGACAAGAAGCAACAAGAGCUCUGCAAACUUGUAUUAAAAAAAAUCGUUUGGCUGCAGACCAACUGCCUCCUAGUCAGAAAGAGGAGGUUAACAAUGCAUGCAUUCAAGCUGAGUGGUGGUUGAAUCAACUCUCUCACCUGCAAGAUUCAUUGCCCAAAAACGCCACUCGUAUAUACUGCUUGAGUUCCAUUAGUGGAAUCACACAAGCUUUCAAAAGGCAAUUUAAAUAG